UGCGAACUCGCUCUAAUCGCUGUAGUCGGGGCUCGGGACCGGCUGCCAUCUUAGUGGAGGGACCGAGGAGUCGUCGCCGCCCCGAGUCCCGGUAACAUGCAUUUCACAGUGGCCUUCUGGAAACAACGCCUUAACCCAAAAAAGUGACUCAGCCAGUGAAAACUUCAGGUUUGCUGUCUUAUUGAUGGUAUGUCUGACAGUGGAUCGCAGUUUAAUUCAGUGGGUAGCUUGACCAUGAAAUCACAACUUCAGAUCACUGUCAUCUCAGCCAAACUUAAGGAAAAUAAGAAGAAUUGGUUUGGACCAAGUCCUUAUGUAGAAGUCACAGUAGAUGGGCAGUCAAAGAAGACAGAAAAAUGCAACAAUACAAACAGUCCCAAGUGGAAGCAACCACUUACAGUUAUCGUUACCCCUACAAGUAAAUUACAUUUUCGUGUGUGGAGUCACCAGACCCUGAAAUCUGAUGUUUUGUUGGGAACUGCUGCAUUAGAUAUUUAUGAAACAUUGAAGUCAAACAAUAUGAAACGUCCUUCACAGAAUGAUGAUGGUUGCAGACCCAAAGAAGAAACAAGAGUGAGCACAAAUGGAUCAGAUGACCCUGAGGCUGCAGUGUCGGGAGAUAACAAGAAGACAAAUGGGAACAAUUCUCCAUCCCUUUCAAAUGGUGGUUUUAAACCUUCUAGACCUCCGAGACCUUCCAGACCACCUCCACCCACCCCACGAAGACCAGCAUCUGUCAACGGUUCACCAUCCACCAGUUCUGAAAGUGACGGUUCUAGUACAGGCUCUUUGCCACCAACAAAUACAAAUGUAAAUACAAACACAAGUACAUCUGAAGGAGCAACAUCUGGGUUAAUAAUUCCUCUUACUAUAUCAGGAGGCUCAGGCCCAAGGCCACUGAAUACUGUAAGUCAAGCUCCCCUACCACCUGGGUGGGAGCAGAGAGUAGACCAGCAUGGGCGUGUUUACUAUGUGGACCAUGUUGAAAAGCGAACAACAUGGGAUAGACCAGAACCUCUACCUCCUGGUUGGGAACGGCGUGUGGACAAUAUGGGACGUAUUUAUUAUGUUGACCAUUUCACAAGAACAACAACAUGGCAGAGGCCAACAGUGGAAUCUGUCCGGAACUAUGAACAGUGGCAGCUACAACGUAGUCAGCUUCAGGGAGCAAUGCAGCAGUUUAACCAGAGAUUCAUCUAUGGGAAUCAAGAUUUGUUUGCUACAUCACAAAAUAAAGAAUUUGAUCCCCUUGGUCCUCUGCCCCCUGGAUGGGAGAAGAGAACUGAUAGCAAUGGCAGAGUGUAUUUUGUCAACCACAACACUCGAAUUACACAGUGGGAAGACCCCAGAAGCCAAGGUCAAUUAAAUGAAAAGCCCUUACCUGAAGGCUGGGAAAUGAGAUUCACAGUGGAUGGGAUUCCAUAUUUUGUGGACCACAAUAAAAGAACAACCACCUACAUAGAUCCUCGUACAGGAAAAUCUGCCCUAGACAAUGGACCCCAGAUAGCAUAUGUUCGAGACUUCAAGGCAAAGGUUCAAUAUUUCCGUUUCUGGUGUCAGCAACUGGCCAUGCCACAGCAUAUAAAGAUCACAGUGACAAGAAAAACAUUGUUUGAGGAUUCCUUUCAACAGAUAAUGAGCUUCAGCCCGCAAGAUCUGAGAAGACGUUUGUGGGUGAUUUUCCCAGGAGAAGAAGGUUUAGAUUAUGGAGGUGUAGCAAGAGAAUGGUUCUUUCUUUUGUCACAUGAAGUGUUGAACCCAAUGUAUUGCCUGUUUGAAUACGCAGGGAAGGAUAACUACUGUCUGCAGAUAAACCCAGCUUCCUACAUCAAUCCAGACCACCUGAAAUAUUUCCGUUUUAUUGGCAGAUUUAUUGCCAUGGCUCUAUUCCAUGGGAAAUUCAUAGAUACUGGGUUUUCUUUGCCAUUCUAUAAACGCAUUUUGAACAAACCAGUUGGACUUAAGGACUUAGAAUCUAUUGAUCCAGAAUUUUACAAUUCUCUCAUCUGGGUUAAAGAAAACAAUAUUGAAGAAUGUGGUUUGGAAAUGUACUUCUCUGUUGAUAAAGAAAUUCUAGGUGAAAUUAAGAGUCAUGAUUUGAAACCCAAUGGAGGCAAUAUUCUUGUGACAGAAGAAAAUAAGGAGGAAUACAUCAGGAUGGUAGCUGAGUGGAGAUUGUCUCGAGGUGUUGAAGAACAGACACAAGCUUUCUUUGAGGGCUUUAAUGAAAUUCUUCCCCAGCAAUAUUUACAAUAUUUUGAUGCAAAAGAAUUAGAGGUCCUUUUGUGUGGAAUGCAAGAGAUCGAUUUGAAUGACUGGCAGAGACAUGCCAUCUAUCGCCACUACACAAGGACGAGCAAACAGAUCAUGUGGUUUUGGCAGUUUGUUAAAGAAAUUGAUAACGAGAAGAGGAUGAGACUUCUGCAGUUUGUUACUGGAACCUGCCGCCUGCCAGUGGGAGGAUUUGCUGACCUCAUGGGGAGUAAUGGACCACAGAAGUUCUGCAUCGAGAAAGUUGGGAAAGAAAAUUGGUUACCCAGAAGCCAUACUUGUUUUAACCGUCUGGACCUUCCACCCUACAAGAGCUAUGAGCAACUGAAGGAAAAGCUGUUGUUUGCCAUUGAAGAAACAGAAGGAUUUGGACAAGAGUAACUGUUGAGACCUUAGGCCACCAGAGGACAGGGACUCAUCUGCAGUGCCUGUCUGUCCCUUCCUUCUCUGCCUGUUGCACAUCUUAUUGUAAACUUGGACUGUGACUAGAGAGUUAUCUGAGUGUAAGUAGAUUAAUGUUGUUGGGAUUUACCUUCCAGUGAUUCUGGAUUUCUCCUCAGCGUUUCCAGAAAGCAGAUCUACAGACAGUAGUCAGAAACUUACUUAACAAGAGAUUUAACACAGCGAUGAAAUCUCCCUUGUCUUAUUCCACUAGAUUGUUCCCUUGACAACAGUUUUCCGUGUGUCAGUAUCACUUGGGAGUCAGUCUCUUGAUGACUAUUGUAACGAUUCUGCAGACACACAAGAGUGUCUCCAAAAUUGCAAUACACAAGUCUUCCUGAUAAAGCCUCUAGCUAGGAGGUGCUCGACAACAGUGCAAGCUCAGCCGCUUGUGCUCUCCCCUCAUUUCAGCCUGGCCUGACUGUUGUGUUCAUUCCUGGAGCAUGAACCUGUGCGUCCUUCUGAUGUUAUUCCUGGAAGUGACGCAGGAUCUAACCCUUUCUACAAAGUAGUUUUGUCUAUUUGAAUUCAGGGAAAACUUGGUCCCCGCUGACAUAGCUUCAUACCUCUCUCCAUUCAGUUUAUAAUUAUUUGAUUGAUUGCCUUUCAGAUACUAAAUUUUACAAACAGUAUCAGCAUCAUGGUUUCUUCACGUUUUUGUUUUUUUGGGUUUUUUUUUGUUUUUGUUUUUUGAGACAGGGUUUCUCUGUGGUUUUGGAGCCUGUCCUGGAACUAGCUCUGUAGACCAGGCUGGUCUGGAACUCACAGAGAUCCGCCUGCCUUUGCCUCCCAAGUGCUGGGAUUAAAGGCACACGCCACCACCGCCCAGCUGUUUCCUUCACGUUUUAACCUAGAAUCAAAAUUAAUUUGAAUUCAUCUAAGAUCAUUUUUGUUUUUUAAAUCCUACACAUAAAUUGAAGUUUAGUGGUUUUAUCAUAAUCCAAUACCCUGGUUACUUUUCAUUAUUGCUAACGUAUUCAUGUUGCAGUCAUUUCUAAUCCAAAUAGAGGUCAGUGGUGCAGUCUUUGAAAUCAGGACAGUGUCCAGCAGCAAGUUUGUGCUGUCUCCACAUGUCCCGCCUCCUCCACACACAGGAGCAGGUGCCUCCAUCUUACAUGGCCCUGCUCUGCAAUAUUUUCCUUACCCCUAAAAAUUGUAGAUUUUCCAUUUUUCUUUAUGACUCAUUGGUUUUAGACUCCCCCUUUAGUAACUGAUGAAUGCACUUUUACUUUCUCUGUAGUUAAUUUACUCUGGUUUAGCUUAGACUGUCAGGGUGACUGCUGCUACAGAUAUGACUUUAUGGGCAGUGAGAUGAAGCCUCAGCCAGUCGAGUUCCUAUUGUAGCCAAAUCCCAAGAACAGCCUUAUAACUCUAACAGGGACUUACAUGUGUCGGUGGCAUAGCAUGAAGAUGUAGCAUGAAGCCAAGAAUACACAGAAAGAAUGACAAACCCCUGUCCCAUAGGAAAGAAAAUGUUUUUAUGUCCCUAGCUGCUUUUCUUGUUCUCAUCCUGGAACAACAUUUUGAACAUGUGCAGCUGGACUCUUUAACACUGCCAUUGUCAGCAGAAACAUGCGUGACUCAGCUAGAAACGGUCAUUGAAGGGAAAGCUUAGCUUCCUCCAGCCCUCUUUCUUACCCUGUACACCACAGGACAUACAUGACACCUCUAGAAGCCCUAGUUAUUUCCAAAGUAGGAUCUCUCUGCCUUUUUGUUGGUAGGGUUAAAAAAUACAUAUGCUAUUGCUUUGUCUUACAGAGCGAAUGUCUGCCAACCACCCGUUCACUACAUAGGCCUGGACUUUAAUAUAUGGCUAUAAAACUAAGCCUUCUACAAAGACCUCCCAUUGGAUCAAAUUCUUGUACUAAAAUGUAGUCAUCUACCAUAUCCACUAGAGACUUAUGAGAUUAAGAGAUAAUGUAAGAAAAUAGGCUUUGUUGAUUCUGCAUAAUGCUUCAUGAUUCAUUUAGGGACCUAGAGAUAUUAUGUGAAAAUGUAUAAAUAUCACCCAAAAGGCUUUCUGCCCUAUAUUUUUAAAAUACAGAAGUUAUAUUUGAAGUAGUCCUGGCCCUAGUUCUAUAGGGCUUGGCUAUUUAAUAUUUUUAUGGAAGAAAUGUUUAGUUCUGGAAAAGGUAAAUGCUUGUAUAUAUUUUUGCAGCCCUGGGGUCUCCUAAACUCCAUUUCUUCCUUUAAUUUAAAUGGUCACAUGUAUAUGUCUUCCCUGCUGUGUUAGGAAAAUGGGGGCUGGAUAUCCCAAGAAUCAGAGCUUAUAUAAAAUAAUGCAACUAAGCAGCAGACAUAAAUAUUUACCAAAUGCUCUCACAGUUUGGUUCAGAGUGAGCAUUUGGAAAUAGGUUUAUUGUGUUUAAUUUGCGCUUUUCCUUAAAUCUGGACUAAGUUGCUUUUAAGAAUUUUUUUCUCUGUAAGCAUUGUAAAUGCUAAUCAGUCCUGUGAAGUUUUUUCUUACUGCAUGUUACAUUGAAAUAAAAACAGAGUAAAAUGAG